AUGAGUAAAGAUUCACGAAAACAUUCCGACAAUAAGAAAAAGAAUCCAACCAGUAUAAAAGGACCAAAGUUAGACUCUUUCAAGAGUGAUUCAUUGCAAACGAAUAAAAAUACAAAAGUACAGCCACCGGAAGACCGGCCGAAAACUUUAGAAGCAAUGAUGCGCGAUAUUGAACGGCGACAACAUGUAUAUGAACAGGAACAAGUGUCAUCGAAUGAAGAAGAUUGUAAUUCCUGCGAAUUUGCCGAUGGAUAUGAAAAAUCCCGCAAAACAUUCUACCGUGAAUUUAAGAAAGUAAUUGAUGCAUCUGAUAUCAUUAUUGAAGUACUUGAUGCCCGUGAUCCUCUUGGAUGUCGCUGUCCGCAAGUAGAAGAAGCUGUUCUAACAUCCGGCAAAAACAAAAAACUUAUUCUACUAUUGAACAAAAUUGACCUGAUCCCACGAUACAAUCUUGAUCAAUGGUUGAAAUAUCUACGGAAUGAAUUUCCAACCGUUGCUUUUCGUGCAUCGACUCAAAAUCAACGUGAUCGAUUGGGACAUGUUAAAGCGUCAUUGAAAGCUUGCGAUGAACAGCGAUUGAGAUUAUCGAAUAAAUGCUUUGGUGCCAUGACACUAAUGAAUCUAUUGUCGAAUUACUGUCGAAAAAAUGAUAUUAAAACGAGUGUCACUGUUGGAGUUGUUGGAUAUCCUAAUGUAGGAAAAAGUAGUGUCAUUAAUAGUCUGAAACGUAGUCAAGCAUGUGAAACAGGUUCUAUGCCUGGUUUGACAAAACAAAUCCAAACAGUUAAAUUAGAUAAAUUAAUUAAAUUGUUCGACAGUCCAGGUAUUGUCAUGUCGAAAGAUGCUAAUCCAUCGGCACUAGUUCUAAGAAAUUGUGUUCGAAUCGAAACAAUUGAGGAUCCUUUGCCAGUCAUUGAACUAUUACUACAACGAUGUACAAAAGAACAGAUAUUGUUGCAAUACAAUCUAGAUGAUUUUGCAGACGCCAAUGACUUUCUUAUGAAAUUCGCCGUGAAACUUGGUGCUUUAAAAAAAGGUGGAGUGCCCGAUACACACAAAGCUGCACAAAGAGUUCUUUCCGAUUGGACAAAUGGAAAACUAACUUAUUUCACCGAACCACCAGAACGCACGCAAGAAAUCAUCCAUACUGAACUUGUCACGCAAAUGAAAGAAGCAUUUGAUAUCGACGCUUUGGUAGAUAAUGCAGAUGAAGAAUAUGAUGACUUCGAGUCAAUCGAACAUGAGCAAAAAGAGGCGGUGAAUGAUGCUUGUUCAUCGCAUACCAAAGACUCUAACGAAUUAACCGUUUCACGAAACAGUAGUUCAAUUCGCGAGAAGUCAGUUGCUUAG